UAUUAUUAUCAGUAACUCAAAACAUAUAGAAUUGCUCUUUCUACAUGUUAUCCACUAUUUUCAAUCUAGGUUUCUACUCAUUUUUUAAAAAAAUUAAAUAUACGAGUUCACCCUAGUGUGUGUUUAAAGAGUGUUUCAGACUCCCCACCCGCCUGCCCGCCACUAUCCCAAAAAGACCCUAAAGCAGUGGUUCCCAACCUUUGGGUUCCAGGUGUUCUGGACUCCUAGAAAUCCCAGCCAUCUUACAGCUGUUAGGAACUGUGGGAGUUGAAGUCCAAAACACCUGGAGGCCCAAAGGUUGGGAACCACUGCCCUAAAGGCAAUUGAGUGUGAUGCCACAAGAUACCACUUCUGGUUGCCCAAAAUAAUGGUGCUCUGCUUAGUGCAGCAAAAUGUUUUAGGUUGCACCGCUAGAAAAGGCAACCAAUGCGAAAAUGGCCAGCCUCUUCCACAAGCAGCACACUGCAGUCAAUUAAGGGUCAGUUAAACUGGAUCCUUUCCCAAAGUGAAGUUUCCCCUGCCUUAUCCCUGGGGUCUCUCUGUACACAUUUCAAACAUAUUUCUUAUUUGGCUGGGCAUUCUCAAACUUUAUUAUAUACAGUGCCAAUAUGAAGCAAUCUAAUUCUAGAAUUAUUGUCUGUUUUUACAGGAAGGGAAGAAGUAUUGUGCGUACCAGACGUGUCGUGAUGAUUGAGACAAACUCCUUGCCUACUCAGACUCUCAAUGUAACAAAGAUGAAUGAGACCCAAAAGUGGAAUGAAACUAAUAGAGAUGCUGAUUUCUUUAAAAUAUUGGUCUAUACUAUUGCCCCUAUCACCAUUUUGGGCUUAAUCGGCAAUGGAACUAUUUUCUGGUUUCUCUGUUGUAGAAUCAAAAGAACUAAAUAUACUGUGUAUGUCCUGAAUCUUGCAAUUGCUGAUUUCACGGUACUCUUUUCAUUUAAUGUAUUUUUUGUCUUCAGCUUUAUCAUGCAGGACAAAUUUGCUUUUAAUGACAUUUUCUAUCUUGUAUUAGAUAUUUUGGGUAUCUUUGGCUACAAUACCAGUUUCUUCAUUUUGACCGCCAUUAGUGUCGAGAGAUGCCUUGGUGCUUUUUAUCCAAUCUGCUACCACUUUAAUCGCCCCAAACGCCUCUCAACCAUAUUAUGUGCUCUUCUAUGGGUUCUCUCCUGUGUGGUGACUGGAAUGGAAUAUUUCACCUGCUGGUCAUACACAGACAUAUUUGAUGAUCCAGCUUACAGAAUGUAUCUUACUACAAGCAUAUUCCUUACCAUAGUUUUCUUGUUAUUUAGUCCAACUAUGGUCCUUUGCAGUGUCAGCAUGUUUAUUAAGAUACGAAGAAAUUCACGGCCAUCAUCUCAAACCCGACUUUAUCUCAUCAUUGUUAUCACCGUCAUUCUGUUCCUCUUCUUUGCUUUGCCCUUUAGGUUAAUGUGUCUGUUUAUCUAUUGGUAUCCAACAGCAGAGAUUGAAUGGUUUGUCUUUCAUUGUUCUGUGUUCCUCCACUUAAUCAACAGCAGUGUUGAUCCUUUUGUUUACUUUCUUGUUGGGAGGCGGAGGCCCCGCGAGACACUCUAUAAAGUGCUUUAUAGAUCCUGCAAGGAUCAGGAGGAGGAGCCAGUUCCAAAAAACCUAAGCAAUGAGCAGGAAGAAAGCUGAAAUCUAUCAUUUCAAUUUAAAAAAUCCAUAUAUCUAUCUCAUGGAUAGAUAUUUAGUGUGGUGUUCUUGUUUGCUUUGUACAUCUGUUCUCCAGCUUGCUAUGCUAAGAACCUGAUGUUCUCUUCCUAGUUUUCUUCAGUUAUCAUGACACAUUGUUCUUAGAUUUUAAAGACAGAUUCACCAUUAUGAAAACAAAAUAUUAAAUGCUGCAGUGGACAGUUCUGUACAAUAAAUAUAGUAUUGAUACUUCAUCUUGUACCUGUACAGUGUUUUCCGCAAUUAGAACAAGGAACCUUGUACACCUUCUAAACCAACACGGCUCUAAAUUGGUUCAUCUCCCUAGUCAGUGAAGGAUGCUCAAAUACAGCAUAGCAUCUCUUUAUCUAUUUCUGCAAGAAAAAGUAAAAGUAACUGAAACAUUAGGACAGGCUUGAGAUAAGAAAAUUUCCAAAAGGGUUUUUAGCAAUGGUUCUUCUUAUCUUUUGUUCAGUGUGCUAUUCUUACAGUUCCUAAUGUAUAGUUUUUAGCUAUCUCAGACAUGGGCAAACUUGGGCCCUCCAGGUGUUUUGGACUUCAACUCCCGCUUAAGUGGCUGAGCGGGAAAAGAAAGGGGCCUAAGGCUGUUAGGAAUGGUGGGAGUUGAAAUCCAAAACACCUGGAGGGCCCAAGUUUGCCCAUGCCUGAGAUAGCUAGAUAUGUUAUAUAUUGUCUUCAUAUACUUCCUUCUGUGACAUUCUAAUAACUCAUAUUAAGAUAAUGAGGCUGGAGAGUGUGUUGGGAGAUUUUGUAUUUAUUUUGUAUUCAAUUAACCAUGCUGUAUAUUUCACCCUUGUUUAAUAUAUGAUAAUAUUCCACGUAUUAAUUUGCCAUUGCCUCUGUGCUUAUCAUAUUACAAUUUUAGGUGUUACAGUUUAAACAUAAUCCUAUGAUUUCAAUAUAUUCUUCACUGUUUUUAUGAUUUGCUGUGAC